AUGGCAUCCUCCUUGCUCCCCAGACUUGCGCGGCCCAGCGCUCGCAUCAUCCGAAAUGCCCCCUCGACAACCAUUCCUCGCAUCUGUCUGCGAGCAGCAUCGACGUCCAAACAUCCAAGCGGUUUCACUCCCCCGACGACAGAAGACCUAUACGAACUUCGCGAGCGUGUCCAAGAGUUCACGAGAAGAGAGAUUCCCGAAGAAGUGGCCCACAGAACAGACACGUCCAAUGAAUUUCCCAAUGAAAUGUGGAAGAAGCUGGGAGAGGCAGGCUUCCUGGGACCUACAGCCGACGAAGAAUACGGCGGAUUAGCCAUGGGAUAUCAAGCACACUGCAUCAUUCUCGAAGAGAUCAGCCGAGCUUCAGGCUCGAUCGGCUUGUCCUACGCUGCCCACUCGCAACUCUGCGUCAACCAGUUGAACCUGAACGGCAAUGAAGAGCAAAAACAACGAAUCCUCCCAGGUCUAAUAUCUGGGGACAAGAUUGGUGCGUUGGCAAUGUCUGAACAUUCAGCUGGAAGUGAUGUGGUGAGCAUGAAGACAACAGCUAAAGCUGUCGACGGCGGAUACCAACUCAAUGGCACGAAGAUGUGGAUCACCAACGGGCCAGACGCCGACUAUAUCGUGGUCUACGCGAAGACCGAACCAGAGAAGAAGAGCAGAGGUAUCACCGCGUUUAUCGUGGAGAAGGACUUCAAGGGCUUCUCCGUGGCGCGGAAACUAGACAAACUGGGCAUGCGCGGGUCGAAUACAGGCGAAUUGGUCUUUGACAACGUCUUUGUUCCCAAGGAGAACAUCCUAGGCGAACUCAACAAAGGUGUCACCGUGCUGAUGGAAGGGCUGGAUCUGGAGCGAUUAGUCCUCAGUGCCGGUCCGCUGGGUAUCAUGCAGGCUUGUUUGGAUCUCGUGCUGCCGUAUACCCACCAGCGCAAACAAUUCGACACACCGAUCGCACAUAACCAAUUCAUUCAGGGUAAACUGGCAGACAUGUACACCAAGCUUCAGGCCUCGCGGGCGUAUACGUACGAGACGGCCAGGAAGGUCGAUGAAGAAAAACAGAUCCGCACGCAAGACUGCGCCGGCGCCAUCUUGUACGCUGCUGAGCGGGCUACUGAGUGUGGCCUGGACGCGAUCCAGUUGAUGGGUGGGAACGGGUAUGUCAAUGAGAUCCCUGCGGGCAGAUUACUUAGGGAUGCGAAAUUGUAUGAGAUCGGUGCUGGGACCAGCGAGAUCAGACGGAUGGUCAUUGGGAGAGCUUUCAACAAGGAAUAUAAAGAUCAGGGUAUCUAA